AUGAAAGCUGUUGUUGAAAUAAUUCUGGACGAGAGUUCUCUGGAAAAUUUGCCAAGAAUUGCUGGCUACACCUCCUGGAUGAGAAGAGACAGUACAACGCAGGCAGACACAGACAGGCAGACGCGACAGACACAGCCAUACAGCCAGGCAGACAGAGACGUCAGCUCAGGGAAACACAACAUUUCAGACCAGGGAGACACGACAGUACAGACCAGGCAGACACAGGGAGAACAGACCAGGGGACAAGACAUACAGACACAGACAUGGGGACCAGGCCCAAAACAGACAGUACAGACACAGCAGUACAGACCAGGGCAAACACAGACUACAGCGCAGGGAAUACAACUACAGACGCAGGGAAACACAGAAGACAGACGCAGGGAGACACAGAAUAAAGGGGCCGGGAGACCAGACAAUACAGACGAAGGCAACACAGAAGACAACGCAGGAAGACACAACAUACAGACGCAGGGAGCACGACAGACAAAAGGGAGACACGACAGUACAUCGCAACAGACACAGACGGGGCAGACGCAGGCAGACACAACAUUACAGACCGGCAGACACAGAACAGUACAGACGCAGGCAGACACAGACAGUAAAAGAGCCCCGCAGCACAGACAGUACAGACGCAGGGAAAACACAGAUAGUAGAGGGGCAGGCAAACAGACAGAACAGACACAGACAGUGCAGACGCAGGGAACACAGACAGUACAGACUCAAACAAAACAGACAUACAGACACAGACAGUACAGACACAGACAGAAAAGACACAGACAGACGACACAGACAGAACAGACGCAGGGAGACACAGACAGUACAACGCACAAACACAACAGUACAGACGCAGAAAACACAGACGGGGCAACACAGGGAGACACAACAUUCCGACGCAGGGAGACACAACAGUACAGACCAGGAAAACACAGACAGUACAGACGCAGGCAGACACAGACAGUACAGACGCGGGCAGACACAACAUUACAGGCGCAGCAACACAGACAUACAGACACAGACAUGCAGACGCAGGGAGAAAGAAGUAUUAAAUGUGUCUUUACUGACUUGUUUGUAGAAGUGCGGCUAAAUGGUCUAAACAGAUGGCUGACUUCAGUGUUUGAAGCUGAUGACUGUGUCUCAGACAUAACCCCGGCUCAGCCUCAGUGGGACAACCUGAGGCUCACUUGUGCAGCACUUGUUUGUGAAGACAUGAGGAGAGCAGUUCUUGAACGCACCGGCUUUAAAUGUUCUGCUGGAAUAGCUCAUAACAAGAUGCUUGCAAAGUUAUCUUGUGGACUUCACAAACCCAACCAGCAAACAGUAUUGCCUCAGUUUGGUGUGGGGCAGCUGUGGGAGACCACUAAGGUGGGCAGUGUUCGCAACCUUGGUGGAAAGCUGGGAGAUUCUUUGACUGAAGAGCUUUGUUGCACCACCAUGGCUGAUCUUGGCAGACUUUCCCUCCAGCAGUUGAAGGGAAGAUAUGAUGACAAGACAUCGUUGUGGCUUCAUAAUCUUGGCCAAGGAAUUGACACUGAACCUGUUACUUCACGUCAGCUUCCCAAAAGUAUUGGUUGUGGAAAAAAUUUCCAGGGAAGAGAAGUACUAAAUACCAGGGAAAAGGUAAGAAUGCAACAGGUUCUGUGGUUUAACUUCUCUGUUCUAUGUGCAGGUUAUGUAUUCUUCCAGUCACAUUAUUGUGCAUUUAUGUUCUUUUUCAUUUUAAUUAUUGAAGAUUAUAGCCUCUUGUUUAAUUUCAGGAUGCCAGCCAUCAAGAACAUAAGUCUUUCUGCUGGAAGGUUUGAGGACUGGGAAGGAGCAUGUUCAGGAAAUAUUCAGGAUAUGUUUAAAAAGGUAACUUUGAAUAAAUCAUUAGCAUCCAGGAGAGAAAAAAUACAUUGUAACCCUUGUAAGGAGGAAACAUUUGUAGGUGAGAUAUCAGGCACUAGUAAGCCUCCACCCAUAGUGCAGUCCAGUACAAUAUCAGCUGAGAGCCUUAGUGGGAACUGUAAACCAAAUGAAGAAUUCAUCACACAAGUGCAAGAUAAUGUUGUAAAAGAGAGGUCAUCCAUCAUUUCAUGUAGCCUCAACCUUCAUCAGAAGUCUGGUGCUAAUGUAACUAGUUCUGAAUCUCUCUAUGAAGAGACCAAAAAUAUACAUAAAAUAUCGAGCAAUUCAUUCUUUAAAAAUUUCCUUUUGAAAAAACAGAAAAUUGAAAAUGCCUGUACAAAUUUGAUUAAAGAAGACAAAAAAGAUCAUGCUUCAUUUGAAACACUUGAAGAGUGUAAUAAUACAGAGGAAGAAGAAGAAGCAGCAUGCAGCAUUAAUAGUACUGAGAGUCAAGAUGAUAGAUGUAAUAAAAGCAAUCUCGAUCUACUUGUUAGUUUUAUUGAUGAAAUGCAAAGCAACAGUAACGAUAAAGUUAUUGAAAACAAGGUGGCAGAGGUUGUGGGAACAGAUGUAUGCCACAGUAUCAAUACACAAGAAACUGCAGUUUGUGUAAGUCCAGAUCUUUUUAGCUCAGAAAAGACUGAUGACCUGCUUGAGGAAGUACAACCCAGAGAUUGUCUUAGAAACAGUGGUGGUGCAAAAAUAAUCAGUUGUACAAAGAAAGCAACAUUGAUACCAUCCUCACAAGUUGUUGCUGCUGAAACUGAGAGAAAGUUGAGCAUUAAUACAAAUUAUACUUUAACGAGUUCACUCUCCCCAAACAUAAAUUCACCUGGUCAGGAAUUACAACAGCACAUGCAGGAGACAAAGAAUUGCAGUGAUGUACAGAACUCCACAAUUUCUGUAAAGGAACUCAUUCCAGAUUUGGACAGUUUUGAUGAUUCAUUAUUGCCUUUACUACCUAAGGACUUGAGACUUGAGGUAGAAAAGGAACUUACACUUCACAAAGCUAAGAGUAAGAAAAUGUUUGUUAAAAAGUCUGGAAUUUUAAAGUAUUUUAGUGAGAGUCCUUCAAAAUGCACUACAGAUGUUAAAAUGAAUGAAUACAGUGAGCCUGAAAAUCGUCACCGUAUCACAUCGUAUGGUGCUGCUAGUUCGAGCAUAACUGACUGUCUCAGUAACCACAAAAAUGAUGUUGGAACCAAGGAGAAGUGCAAGACAGACAAUUUAGUGAUCUCAGAAAUUGAUGUCAAAAAUAUGGUUGAGUGUGAAGAAUGUGGCUGUCAUAUAUCUACAUUUGAACUUGCAGAACACUUUGAUUACCAUGUGGCACUGAAGUUGCAAACUGAUAUGCAACAAGAGAACACGGUAGGCUCAGAUAAAGCGCCAAACAAAGCUGUUAUGAAAAUAAAGAGAGGUAAAGGCAAGAAAAGAGGAAGAACUAGUAAGGGAGAAACAUAUUUGGAAAACAAAAAGAUGAAAACAAUUGAUCUAUUUUUCAGGAGAUGACAAAUAACUUAAGGGUUUAUUAGUUACUGUCUGGAUUUUGCUGAAAGUUACCUAGAAGUACCACACCUAUCUUAAAAAAAAAAAAAAAAAAAAAAGUCUGAUGAGUGGGUUUUAUUUUUUUGUACAAAUUGAUCUAUAUUUAAAGCUUCUGUAUAUUUCUGACAUGAAACUAAAAGUUUAUGCAACCAUAUUUCCAAAAGUCUGUGGAUAUUUUGUCCAUCUGGUGAAUUAUGCCGGAGAACCAUUUGAUAUAUUGCUAGAAAAGUGUAAAUGUAAUUUCUAUAAGUUUAUCAUUCAUUUUUAUUAUGCAUCUUGCCAUCUUUUUAUAAGAAAUUUUUUUUUUACUAUAUGUUUCUCAGAAAGGCAAGGUGGCCUCUUAAAAAAAAAAAAUCACCAUCACUCAUUCCUUGAUUGCCUCUCUAAACAUGCAUGAGUAUUGUACAUGUAAUUCAAAUCUACUAGCUGUAAGAUCCUUUCUGUCUUUCAGAGUGUAGGCACUGUACUUUCCACCUUCACAAUUCAUCUUGCUAAUAAAUUUCCAUGAAAUUCUUAAUAAUGCUGUACAAAUAAUAAUGUAAUAAUUUGUUUAAAAUGCAGUUUGUUAAACAAUUUAGAGAUAUUACAGUGAGGUUUAUUAGAGAGUGUAUAAAGCAUGUUUUAUUCUGACAAUGUUUUGUUCAUAUCAUUGAGUGAAACACUGUGAUUAAUGGCACCAUCUUCCAGUCAUAACAAUGAGUGAUGGGUCAACAUGUCUAGUUAUAGACAUGUUGACCCAGACUUGAGCCAGAACUUGUCUGCCUAGGAAUUGUGUGACUCUAAUCUUAUUAAACUGUAAGUUAUAAUAAAAUAAUUUCAGAA